AAAGAAGGGGCAGUACAGCCAGAACACUCUUUUGAGUGUGUGUGUGUGUGUGUGUGUGUGUUUUGAGUGCCUGUCAUUCAAAAAACUGGACUUUGUUUUAUUUUCUGUUGUAUAUUCUGUCAGAGAGAAUUUCAAAAUUCUCAAAUUCUUUUUCCUUUUCUUCCUUCGAUCUAUGAAUGAAUGAAUCCAUCCCUCAAUUGACCUCGUCUGUCCUGUCCACACUCUCAAAAGAAGACAUUUUUCAUUCCUUUUCUCUCCCUCCUUCCUUCCUUCUCUUCUUCUACAUCUGUAUUCGAAUUCGUUAUUUCAUUGUCAAAUAAAGUUCGCGUGAUUUCACUCUACUUUAUACCACACUCUGACCAUCCCCAGAUUCCUUUGUUUGCUUUUUUACCUUUUGAGAUCCAUAUCUAAUCCACACAUAUACAUGUAUAUGUAUAUUGUUCAUUCAUGCCUAAACCCUCAACUUCUCUCUCAUUCGGAUUCCAAAUAUUCACCAAUACUCCUCUUUCCUUCUUUUUUUUUCUUGCCAAUUGUCUAGUUCUUGAAAAGGGUGUGUGUGUGUAUAUAUAUAGAUAUUGCUGAUUAAUACAGUAAUGAAAUGGGUGGAAAUGGAGUAAAGGUGAUAAGCAGCAAGGGCUGUUCGAGACGGUUUGCUGAGAUUUCAUCUUCACUGUCAUUCCGUGGUCUCCAAUCAUUCCGGGGUCUCCAGUCAUUCGACCCAAUGUCUCCUGUUUCCUCCUUCUCCGUCGAUCCAUCGGCCGGUCCUUUUUCUGGUCUUGUUAUUUGCGUUACUGGACUAUCCAAAGAGGCAAGAAAGCAAGUCAUGGAGGCAACAAAGAGAUUGGGUGGUCAAUACAGCCCUGAUUUGCAUCCUCAAUGUACCCAUUUGGUGGUUCAGAGCUUCCGUGGACGCAAGUUUGAGUAUGCUAUGAAGCAUGGAUCUAGAAACAGUGUCUUUGUUGUCACACUUGGAUGGUUUGUAGAUAGUGUCAGAAGGAAUGUGAGGUUGAGCGAGUCACUCUACAGUGUUAAGAGUGUUGGAGAAAAUGGUAUGCACACGGAUGAUUUGAAUCGGCUUGUUCACUAUGCUGGUGCUGAGCAUUCUUGUCUUCCUGUUGGUAUUCAUGAACAUACCAAGCAAACUGACAUGAUUGAAGAACCAUGUUCACCGUUUUCAGAAAAAGUUUACAAAAGAAAUGUGGAGUUGACUCUGUCUGGUCACUCCUUGUAUGUUGAUUUAGAUAUUUCCCCAGAACUGCAGAGCAAGGUUGUUGAGGCAGCUGCUGUAGAAGGCGCUAAGUUUGUAGAUAAAUGGUUUGUUGGUUGCAGUGCAAGUCAUGUAGUGUGUGAAGGACCUUCUACUCAAAAAUAUCUCGGCCACUCUAGCAAUAUUGUUACACCACUAUGGGUUCUGAAAACUGCAAAGGAAAAAUGUUUGCAAAGGCUUGUUCACUUAUCAGCUGAUUUGGCUAGGCAGAUUGGCAUGAUGCUUGACAAUGUUCAUGGUGGCAUGUAUGGAGAGGAAAUUAAUGGCAGUGGUGAUCCCCAAGAUGCUCUGAGUUCUAGAAGUAAAGCAAGCCAAGAAGAAAGACAGAAGACUGUGAAUCUGGCUAAAAUCGGGGUUAGAAAACGUCGUGGUCAUCGCAUGCAGACAUGUCAAACCCCAAUACGCCCAAUAACCCCAAGCAUCCUUCUGGACUCAAUCUGCUGGUCAAUAUCUGAGCCGACUUCAAGUGCUUCUAUUUACACAGACUCUUCCUGUGUGGAGGAUGGUAGCGGACACCACACAUCUGUAUUCUGUGAUGCAAAAGGAGGCGAAAAAGAAUCGGAAGCUUCAUUUAUAAACCUGUCCCGGCCACUUACUGAAAGUGAGAGAACUGAGCUGAUAGUCAAAAACCACUUCCUUACGAUGCUGUUUCCAGUAGAUAGAUUUGCUGAGAUGGGUCCUUGUUCAAGAACAUUCUUCAGUGAUUCAGGCUUUACGUGUUUGCAGGUGUUAGACCAUAUCUAUGCAUUUUAUCAGGAGAACAUGUCAGCUCAUGAAACAGAGAUGGCAAUUCACACCGAUUCACGGCAUGCUGAUCGGCUUCGAUCAGUGUACUCCAAUAAGGAAACAGCAGAGCGAGGUUAUGCUGCAUUCAAACGAAUUGAUUUCUUAGGGAGUCGUAAAAGUUUUGAAAUGUUGAAACGUGUUUCUGGGGAUAACAGUAGUAAUGUAUAUGAGUUGCUGAUCAGAGCAUGAGGUCAUCUGAUUAAUGCUGGAUGCCCUACUCGUCGAUUCUAAAAGUCACUAGUCACUGGUGGUGAUCUAUGAGAAGGCACGAUGAGUGUGCUGAACCAUUGGAUAAAAUUUAUUGUGCUUCAAAGACAAGACGGGUUGAACAUUCCAAUUCCUUGAGCGAGGUUAUGAAGUUUAAGAAAUAGAGAAUAUUCCUGCUCAUGAAUGCUGAAUUUCCAAUUCUGCAGAGGUCUUUCAGUGUCACCAUAAUUGGUGGUAAAUAGUAAUACCCUUUCAGAUUUCAUCAUUGUUCAUAGUGAUUAUCAAUUGGAUAGCUUUUUUCCAAAGGAAUGAAAGAAAACUAAAUGGAAAGUGAUGCCUUGAAAUAGUGUUGAUCAGACUAUGGCUAGAAGGAGUGUAUCGUAAAUUUGUCCUGCACCAUGCCAAUUGUGUUUUGUGUGCCAUUAGGAUGUAAUCAGGCAUGUUUUUUUGGCUUUUUUUUUUUUUUUUCCCCCGUAUGUUUUUCAAUUCCAAUUAUAAUAUGUUUGAUUGAAGUA